UUUUUACAUUCCCCUCCCCCUCCCUAUCGCAGCAUCGCUCUUAUUCCCGCCGGAGCCGCUGGCUUCUUCCGAUGAUUGUAACUCCGGCGUUCACCGACAACAGCCCCACGACCAGCACAACCUCUCUGUCGUCUUGCAGCUGCCCUUUCACUCCUUGCGCUCAACCGGGAGGAGCACUUCAUCUACUGUUCCACUUCCAUAGAAGAACAUGCUCGGCGGACUCUACGGCGAUCUCCCUCCGCCGUCGUCCACAGAUGACGACAAGCCCAGCAGCGCCGCCCCUUCCACUACGAUCUGGUCCAGUAGCGCCAAGUUCGCUCCUCCUGCCCUCCGCAAGCCCGCAAUUCCCCAGACCAUCCUUAGAUCCCAGCCCAAACCCAGAACCCUAGCCUCCGCCUCGCAGCCCAAGCCUUCCUCUGCCUCGCCGCCGGUGCUCGUUUCUGCCCCGCCUCCCGAAGACGUACCGGUGCACCCCGCGCUCGUCGGGGUCACCUCCACCAUUGUGGACGAGUACGACCCUGCGAGGCCGAACGACUACGAGGAGUAUCGGAGGGAGAGGAAGAGGAAGGCGUUGGAGGCGGAGCGGCGGAGGGAGCUGGAGAGGCGGCGGCAGGAGGAGGAGGAGAGGGAGAAUAGGGAGAGGGAGGAGAGGGAGAGAGACAGGGAAAGGCAGCUGGAACGGGAGCGUGACAGGAACAUCUCUGGAGAGGAGGCGUGGAAGCGGCGGGCAGCAAUGAGUGGUGGGGGUGCUCCUCCACGGUCUCCAUCGCCACCUGCGAGCGGUGACGGAUUCAGCAUCGGGAAGUCAGAGACAAUGGGGUUAGGUGUCGGCGCGGGCGGGCAGAUGACCGCUGCCCAGAGGAUGAUGGCAAAGAUGGGGUGGAAGGAAGGCCAGGGGCUUGGGAAGCAGGAGCAGGGGAUCGUCACUCCAUUGAUGGCCAGGAAGACCGAUCGGAGGGCUGGAGUUAUCGUUAACGCCAGCGAGACCAAGCCCCAAUCGGAGAAGAAGGUGAAGAGUGUGAAUUUCAACGGCCCUCCAACCCGGGUUUUGCUCCUCAGGAACAUGGUGGGCCCUGGUGAGGUAGACGAUGAGCUAGAAGACGAGGUCGCGUCAGAGUGUGCAAAGUAUGGUACUGUCACUCGUGUCCUCAUAUUCGAGAUCACAGAGCCAAACUUCCCCACCGACGAAGCGGUCAGAAUCUUUGUCCAGUUUGAGAGGUCAGAAGAAACAACUAAGGCCCUGGUAGAUCUAAAUGGCCGGUAUUUUGGUGGAAGAGUGGUCAGUGCAACGUUCUACGAUGAGGAGAGAUUCAGUCAGAACGAGUUGGCUCCAUUGCCUGGGGAAAUCCCCGGUUUCUGAGAAUCUCAUCUCGUUAAUUGCUUGAUCUUGUUAGGAGUUUUGAGAUUCUCCUUGGCCGAUAUUCCAUGCUCUUCAGUGACUUGGAAGAUUCAAUUCAUUUGGAGGAGACCGUUUCACCUACGUCUUCGGGUCUGGAAAGAUGAUUACAUUCUAUCUUGGCUGCUCGAGAUACUACUGUGCAAGACUUGGGGUUUGCGCUUAACAUCUGAAUUUUAGAUAGGCCCCAAAAGUAAUGUGGAUCAUAUCUUAAGCAUUAAGUCUGUCCAUCAAAUGUUAGAUAUCCAAAGGCCACCAAACAAGUUCCCUCAUAAGACCAUGUUCAACUCUUGUGCAUUGAUCUCUGAUGUGUUAAGAAUUUCUUGCUUAAUGUAGAUCGGUGCCUCGGUGUGAAAGAAAUUUUGCAUAGGCUUUGCCUAAAAUCUUAUUUUUCUUGUUGGAACCGAGUUAUUGCAAUAGCCUUUACUACUGGUUCUGCAUCAA